AAAGGCGUGGUUAUGCUACGCCACAGGUGUUGGAGGGAGGAGCGGAACCUGACAGGCCAAGUUCACUGUACAUGGAGGGUGGAUAAAGGCUGCACUUGACAGCCAUCGCUCACUGAGUCAUCAAUAUGCACUGCGACCACUCGCUAUGGGGAAUUCAACUGGUGGCAACUGGUGUUCAACUGGGGAACUCUUUCUUCUUGACUGUUCUUCCAAUUGUAGUUAAGGAGCGAUACAUCAUAGCCUCCAACUCCACAAAGAUGGAGGACAACUGGCAGAUCUCCGUGUCCAGCUUCUUCAUGACUUACAGGGUGCUGUGUCAACUGGUUCCCAUCCUUCCAGGCUUUUUUCUGGCAUGGCUUGGCGACAUGGGAUGGAGGAAAAGCCCCAUCGCGGUCCCACUGCUGGGUCUCAUUCUGUCCAGGCUUGUGCUGCUGCUCAUGUUGAUACUGGACUGGCCUCUUGAGGUCUUGUGGGUGGAGGUGAUCAUCACUGCAUUGUGUGGCGGUUCCACUGUGUUCUGGAGUGGAAUCAUGACAUUGUUGUCUCUGAGCUCCACAGGACAGGAUCGGUCCAAACUUUUAAUGAGAGCAGAACUUAUCAAUGGAAUAUCCGGUGUUGUUGGCUGUAUGACAGGUGGACACUUGUAUGAUUUAUCCAGUCCGACCCUGAAGCCAGGUGCCAUUACCUUGCUGGUGUGUUUGCUGCUUCAUGCCUUCUGCAUGGUCUACAUUAUCUUCUUCUUGCAGGUAAAAGCACUGUGUGACACCGAAAGCUUGCAAAAACUCAGCAACGCCAGCCCAUCUUCCCAUCCACACGUAGCCAACAUAGUUCUGCUAUGGGUGGCGGGGAUCCUCUACAAUGCUGUGGAUUCCUCGACAAGGAACAUUCUGGUCUUGUUUCAGCUGAUGGAGCCUCUCCACUGGAAUGUGACCCAGGUUGGUUAUGGGAAUGCCGCUGGCUUCCUUGUUAUGCUGUCAAGCUUCCUGAGUACAGUGAUCUUAUCAAGGUGGUUCAGCGAUCGCACGCUCAUCACCAUCGGCCUGAUCUCCAAUGCAGCUGGCAUGCUUCUCAUGGCCUUUGUCACCACUACAUACAUGUUCUUCUUAGCCCGUGCUCUGACCCUCUUCUCUCUGAUGCCCGUUGUCCUGAUCUGUUCUCAACUGUCCCAGCAGGUGCACAGUUCUUCAUAUGGUAAAGUCCUCACCUCACUGCAGAUUUCUUUGAAAGUCUCCAGUGCGGGUUCUAACCUUCUCUACGCCAAGAUUUACCAGCAGACUCUCGGUUGGUUUCCUGGUUUUGUACUAAUGCUCUCCAGCAUUAUGUCCACCCUGACGAUCGUACCAAUAAGGAUAUUUGACAGUAAACUGUCUGCUAGAUGCACCUACCAGACCACUGUAGAUGAAGCUCAAGAUCACCUGUUAGCUCUGGUAAACACUGAAGACAAACCCUUCUGCAAGGAGUGUGCAUGUAGUCCGCUGGUCAAUGAUAGACUUGAGUAAAAAAAUGGCUACUUAUCCUGUGGGAUAAGGAUUCCCAUUACUUCGACCUAAGUCAUCAUCAUCUUUCUCCUAUAUUUAACAGAAUAUUUAUUAACAAUUCUCAACAGGUUGACCUGUAUGAGUCAAAACCAAUGUCAAAAUAAGUUCAUUCAUAACCAUUGUACUGCAUUUCAUAAAUAUGUACCAGCCAUGAGGUACUGCAGUAUCAGAUAUACUCUGUGUGUGUUCGCUAAUAUGAUUUGGGUAAGACAGUUAUAUGGUAGGGCGGCACGGCGGUCUAGUGGUUAGGAGACCUGGGUUCAAUUCCACCCUCCGGUUUCCUCCCACAUUCCAAAAACAUGCUAGGUUAAUUGGCGACUCCAAAUUGUCUAUAGGUAUGAAUGUGAGUGUGAAUGGUUGUUUGUCUAUAUGUGCCCUGUGAUUGGCUGGCGACCAGUCCAACCCCGCCUCUCGCCCGAAGCCAGCUGGGAUAGGCUCCAGCACCCCCCGCGACCCUCGUGAGGAAAAGCGGUAGAAAAUGAAUGAAUGAAUGAAUGAGUUAUACGGUAUCCAUUAGGAGCAAUUUAGAUCAAAAAGUAGAAGUAGCAGAUUUACCCGGGUAUAAGACAUUUUUUCCCCCACAGAAAAAAAAUAAAAAAACAUAUUUUUCAGGGUUGAUAGUUUUACAUGCUAACCAACAGCGGGGCCCAAAAAAACACAUCAGUGUGUUUCUUCUACUCACACAAACUGUCACAGUAACCGGAAGAAAUGCAGUCCUGCUCAAAAAAGUGCCUUCAGGUUUGGCAAGUUAGCAAGCAGCAGCUAUGAUGCCAAUUUUAAGAUAAUGCACUUUUUGUUAUGUCGGACGUUAAAAACUUUUUCUUUUUUUGUCCUUGAUUUUGGCGUUCAAGGGGACCUAUUAUGCUAAUUUUUACAGCCCUUUGUAUUGAGUUGUGGACUCCUAUAGAGCAACGACACACGAUAACCAUGGAAAGCGUUCUAGUUCUUCCAGAAUCUGCACCUAUUCAGCUGUAUUUCUUUGUUUUUUUUUUACGAGAAUACAACAUUGUAACAUUUAUACGUAUGUCAGAAAAGUGGAAAAAGCAUAAUAGCUACCUCAUACUCUUGUAUCUAUUCCAUAUUUUACACAUUUGUAGUGUUUGCACAAUUUUGUGUUCAUUGUACAUAUGAACCUCCAUCCGAGCUUGGAUGUAGUUUAUCUUCUGUUGCCUCCAUGUUAAGCCCUUUGAGGCUCUUUUGUGAUGAAGGGCAAUAUACAGUAAAUAAAUCUGACUUGACUACAUAUUGUAAAUACUAGUAAACUAGUCAUUUAUGAAUGAAACAGCUCUUAGAGGCGGAUCUUUGAAGUGAACGUCGUUUUUACUGGUCACUUUUCUGCUUGUGUUCUGUUUCUGUUUUUCUGAAAUAUUUUGUUUCCGAAUGCCAAUGCCAAUCUUAAUGAAAGACUAGCAAAAAUUGUUACCUGGAUGCUGUUUUUCUUUUAGUUUUGCACAUUUUAACUUGUACUGGGUUGUGUAAUGUUUUGUUUCAUUGUAAAUAGAGAUUUACAAGUAAUACACAAUUUUUGCAGUCUGUUCCAUGUUGAGUAUACUGUAUAAAUGAAGCCAAAUGUUGUGGUGGCGCUGCUCUGCUGCCUCCUAUCUGCUCCC